CCCACGGACAACACAACAACACAGCAGCUGUGUCAUUCGAUUGUUCUGAGAAUGGGUUGCUAGCUAGCUAGUAUCAUCAACCCAUCUGCCUGCCUUCGGUACUUCUAAACUACAGUAUCCAGCUAGCUGGUCUUGGUGCAUUGUCAGGCUGAGUAAGCGUCCUGGCUGGUCUUUUUCUCUCCUCUUUUCUACCUCAGUGACCUUUCCCAUUCUUUCGAAAGAAGCUACCGUGAAGAUACAUUCCUUCAUUCAUUCAUCAUGUCAUCUCCAACCAGCAAAACGUUCUGUGGGGCUUUCAUACUGUCUGUGGCGAUAUUAAGCUCGGUUCAUUCCUUUUUUACCACUAAUGGUCGCCAUGUGGUGAGGGAUACAAGAAUACAGCAGCCAUCGUCACAACAGUGGCACAAUAAGAAGAUUGGCAAUAGUCGAAUAUUCAACAAUGCCGACGGAACAUCCAGCGAGUCGGAAGAACCAUUGUCUCUGUUCGAGGAAUCAGUGGAUAAUAAUGCCAACAUAACGACAACCAUGUCUCCUCAAUGUGGAGAAUCGGUGCCGCUCCGGAGAAAUGCCGCAGCGUCCUUUGGGGAAUCGGUACCUCUCCGAACGAGCAAUACCACGACGACAACGACACCACAAGAUUUGUUUGCCACAACAACAACUGAAGAAUCAUCAUCAUCAUCUGUAGUCGUACAAGAUAUGAAACGACGCAAUCUGGGAGUGGCCGUGGCAUCCGUUCUGUUGGCCGUCACCAGUUAUGUCUGGCAAUUCACGCAUCCCAUUACCCCGGUCCAAUUAUUGGCUACCAUGCAGGCGUCAUCGGCACCCCUCACGGCCAUUGGGACCAAUGGACGUCCUACCGUGGUCGAUUUUUGGGCGCCCUGGUGUGAAAACUGCAAACAGGCGGCACCCACACUCGCCGUGUUGGAAGAAGAAUACAAGGAUCGGGUCAAUUUUGUCAUGAUCAAUGGCGAUCGACCAGAAGCGUUUCCGUUGAUUGAACGAUUCGGUGUCGAUGCCAUUCCGCACAUGGCAUUGAUCAGUGCGCAAGGAGAUGUCGAAACGGCAUUGAUUGGACCCAUUCCCAAACGAGUAUUGCAGGCCGAUUUGGAAGUUCUUCUGGACAAUGCUGCCAAACAACAGCAACAGCAAGAUGACAAUAAUUCGCAAGAACCACCCAAAGAAUUGCCGUACAAAAUGCUAGAUGUAUUUGCCAAAUUCCCAGAGUACCGACGAGUCAAGUUUGUACUGGAUGAGCCUGGGGAGUAG